GUGAUUACCUUUGAAGAGAAGAACAAUAACUGCGUCUCUCGUCAACUUACCAGAGCGAAUCGUUUGCAUAAUUUCUGAAGCAAAUCUCGGAGAAAAGCAUGAUAAUUGUCUUGAUACCGCUACUUACGGGCGCUUUGUUCCCUUUCACUGUGUUGGCAAGAGGAGGACCGAGGGAACUCCACCGAGAGACUCCAGAUGCUUUCGAGGCAUUCGCACGGUUUCCCCACGUCGUGGCUAUUUUUAAUUGGAACGACGAUGCAUUUUUUGAGUGUUUGGAGGGCAAACAAAUUUCCUUUGAUCCUGAAGCCAAGAAAACGACCUAUAUCUUCAUGUAUAAAGGCCACCACGGAGAAGACAAGAAAAAUGUCGCUUACCAUAUUAGCCAAGGCCCAGCGAUAAAUGAAGUCAUCUACUAUUUGGACGAUGAGUGCAUGCUCUUCGUUUCAAAACAAGCCGCUGACAACGUCCCACAAGAAUGCAUAGAACAGUAUAAUGAUAUUUGCGGCAUCGCAUUCAGCGUGUACGCCCGCGACUUGUGCCCGGAUGACGAAGAGGACUACUGAAACAUCAACUGUGCUUUGUUUCACAUUGCAAGUCUUGACAAUUGCACAUUUAUGUCCCAUGAAUGAAG